CUGCAAGAUUCAGUCCCUUCCACAAUGCAGUAGCCUCCAUUGACGGCACAUCAAGUGCAAACUGAACAUGUUCAGUCUUAGCAGCAAUGAACAUCCCUAAAGAGUCUCUUAGGACAGCACCGAUCGCUCCAGUACCCGAUUCCACAUCAAACGCUGCAUCAACGUUUAAUUUUAUAAUACCGGAUGCAGGUCUAGUCCAUCUAGAUUGGACCACUGCGGUCUUCUUCUUUCGCGCCAAAGCGUUAGCAACAAUUCGCGAAUGGAAAGAGCUGAUCUUUCAGUUUUUCCUACUUUAUCCUCAUGGACUAUUUGACGGCGCUCCCACCAGAUAUACCAACAUGCAACCAUAACCAGUUCAACUGCAUUAGGUUCACUCAACUCCACACCACCUGGAUUGGCUGAGCAAAUCAAAUCCUCUAGCACUGCCGACCCUGAUCUAUCAACAUUCACAGUAGAUAUUAUAGUACUUUCAAGGCCUAGAAACCUCCAAAUAUCUCUCGCUCCAUCACAUUGAAACAACAAAUGUUUUAAAUCUUCAGGUUCGGUUUUGCAAACAGGGCACACCACUGGUGACUGUAUAUGCCUUUCCGACAAAGUGCAAUAGCAUGGCACUAUCCCAUGUAGAAUCCUCCAACUAAAAAUCUGAACUUUAGGAGGUACACAUACUUCCCAAACUUUUUUCCAGACCGGAUGUGGAUCAGCUGCUCCUGUGACUUCAUCUAGCCGAGCUCUCAGUCUGUACUCUGCUCUCCAUUCUUCAUAAUAUGCAGAAUUAACCGAAAAACUGUAACGGCUGCUGCGCUGAAGCUACGAGCUGCCAUUCCAGGGACGCAUAAGAUGAAGAAGAUUGAAGCAUGAGAAUCAACGGAGGAAUUGAACCAGGAAGCUAGUGGGCCGGAUGUCGAGUAGUGGGCCGUGGGCUUGUAGAGAGAAGGAAGGAGUGUGUGUGGUGCGCAGUUAUAAGCACGAGAUUCCAGUGUAAUAGACAGCUAAGAAAAGAAAAGGAAAAAGAUAUCGUCCCUGACCUUCUCUCUGUUCUUCUUCUUCCCCAAGUCUCGUUUCCAUCUCUGUGAAUCUCCAGUCCCAAAUCCGUUGGUCCUCGACCUCGGCAAGGACAUUACAGUGGUAUCAGAGCCUAAUCGAUCCCCGCACGCGCUUCAUACACCCAGAAAUUUUUCCGGUAACAUCGACUGGUCGGUUGUGGAUUGCUCUUGAGCAAUUCGCUGUAAAUCCGAGAUCAGCGUUCGGAGAAAUUAAGGGGAGGCAGCGACGGCGACGUUCAAGGCGAGCGCCCAGACGAGACACGUCGUGGAUAUCAUGGGUUCGUUUGAGGAGCGGGUGAUGAAGGAGCUAGAGGCACUACGGGGGAUUAAAGAGAAGAUGGAAGGGAUUGACCAGAUCCAGACGCGGCUGAAUGAAUUGGACACCAAAUUCUCCGAGCAAGCGGGCAGGCUCGAGCAAGUGCAAGCGAAGGUGGAUCUCUCUGUUAAUUCGCUGGGGGCGAUACACCAGGAGCAUGUGCAGGUAGCACGGGCGCUCAAGGAGACGACGGGUUGACGGGGAGCGGCGCUGGAUCGCAUGGCGGCCGAGGGUUUCCUCGCCACUUCACCAACUGCAGCCGUCUCACCUUCUGCGGCAUCCAACCUGGGGAUGCCACGCUCGUCGAUGGCGCCACCACCACCACCACCGCCGCCGCCGCCAAACAUCAACCGACCCCAGUUUCGCCGCCCGGAUCAGCUUCAGGUACAACAACCACCUCAACCCCCUGAUCCUGAUCGUAGUGAUAGAAGGGUAUGGAUGCCGAAGAUGGAAUUCCCAAGAUUUGACGGCGAUGGAGUUCGUAUGUGGCUGGACAAUUGUGCAUCAUAUUUUAUCAUGUACAACAUACCAGAGAAUUUUCGUGUUAUGUCAGCAUCCAUUCAUCUUCAUGGCAAUGCUGCUCACUGGUACCAAGCAUAUAAGAUGACAGAGGAUGACACAGGAUGGGCUCGAUUUAGUGCAGCAAUUCGUCAGGAGUUUGACACCAAUGUCCACCGUGAUUGUAUGAGGGAAUUGAUGAUGCUCAAGCAGGUCAGCACUGUACAGGAAUACAAAAUACAGUUCACCCAACUUGUGUAUCAGAUCCAGCUAUAUGAUGGCACAAUGAGUGAGACGUUGUUAGUCACACGUUUUAUUCUAGGCUUGAGAGAAGACAUAAGAUCAGCCGUGGAGAUGCAAAUUCCUCAGACAGUGCAGAGGGCAGCUGAGUAUGCACUGGUACAAGAAGCAAUUCUGGAACGUACCAAGGUCAAUGGAGCCAAAUACAGCAAGCCAUAUGUAUCCAAAUCCAUCCAGCAGCGAGUAGAAGCAGCUCCUAAGCAACAAUUUGCAGCAGGGCAUGUUUGGCGUGCUAAGCAAUUAAAGGAGUAUCGCCGCGCCAACAAGUUGUGCUAUGGUUGUGGUGAAAAGUAUGCCCCUGGCCAUGUAUGCUCCACUAAACAAGGUGCACAGCUUAGCGCAGUUGCAUUAACCGAUGGAGGUGGUAUUAUUGAUGAUGCAAUGUUGGAUGCUAUUGCGGGUGAAGAGGCAAUGGAUGAGGCUGCUGGGUUUUUAUCAGCAAAUGCUAUGGCAGGAAUAAUAGCAAACAAUACAGUAAGACUGCGAGCACUAGUGGGCCAUCAAGUUAUGUUGCUAUUAAUUGAUUCUGGGAGCUCUCACACGUUUAUUGACCAGAAAUUGGUGGACCGCCUCAAGUGUGAUACUCACAGUUUACCGAAUGCCAUGCGUGUCAAGGUAGCUAAUGGGCAAUACAUCAGCUGUACCUCUGAGGUUCGCAACUUGGAAUGGUGGGUGCAGGGCACAACCUUCAAAACAAACAUGAAAGUACUGCCGCUGGGAGGAGGCUAUGAUGCCAUAUUAGGCAUUAACUGGCUAGCACAAUGGGGCUUGAUGCAAUGCCACUGGGAAAAUCAGUGGCUACAGUUUGAUUACCACGGCAAAUCGGUGACAUUACAAGGGAUUCCUGAUACUCCUCAAACACAAUUGCACGAAAUAUCGGUGGAACAGUUGGAGAAACAAAUAAAGGGUAAUGAGAUAUGGGCGAUGGCAGUGGUCACCAUGAUGAGCACACAUGACAGCUCCUCCACACCUGUGUGUGUGCAAACACUACUAAAUAAUUUCCAAGAUGUGUUUCACGAGCCUAAAGAUCUUCCUCCACAUAGAACAUUCGAUCAUGCCAUAUCCUUGCUACCGGACAGCGUACCUGUGAAUUCACGGCCAUACAGAUACUCCCCACAACAAAAAGAUGAGAUCGAGAGGCAGGUGGCAGAGAUGAUUGCAGCAGGCAUUGUCCUUCCAAGUAUGUCCCCAUUUGCAUCACCAGUGCUUCUCGUGAAGAAGAAAGAUGGGACGUGGAGGUUUUGCGUGGAUUAUCGCAGAUUAAAUGCAUUGACAGUAAAAAGCAAGUUUCCCAUGCCAGUGGUUGAUGAGCUUUUAGAUGAAUUAGCGGGUACACAAUGGUUUUCAAAACUUGACCUACGGGCAGGUUACCAUCAGAUAAGAAUGGUGGAGGCUGAUGAAGCAAAAACAGCUUUUAAGACUCACCAUGGCCAGUUCCAGUUUCGAGUUAUGCCGUUUGGCCUGACCAACGCACCUGCCACUUUCCAGUGCCUUAUGAACUCAGUUUUUGCACCUCACAUCAGAAAAUUUGUGUUGGUCUUCAUGGAUGAAAUUUUGGUUUAUAGUAAAACCCUCGAGGAGCAUCUUUUACACCUGCAGCAAGUUUUCUCCCUGCUCAGACAACAUCAACUGUAUGCAAAGAUGAGCAAGUGUUCUUUUGCCCAACAGAGUCUCGACUACCUUGGGCACAUCAUUUCCAACAAGGGGGUAGAAACAGAACCAGACAAAACUAGUGCUAUGGCAGCAUGGCCAGUGCCCACCUCAGUAACAGAGUUAAGAUGAUU